AUGAUCUUCCAGCUAGAAGGCUCCAAUCCGCACGAGCAGGCCGAUCGGGUGGCCGGCGGGGUCUCGACGGCGUCCGAUGACGUGGCAGCUCUGGACCUGAACAAGGCCGGCGAAAACGGACACAGACAAGACACAAAUGGCGACACAGAUGGCGACACAAAUGGCGAUACAAAUGGCGACACAAAAGGCAACACUAGCAACAACAACAGAAACGAUAGUAAUGGGAAUGGCGGACACAAAGCCGACAGCGGGAGAGGUGGAAACAGCGACAAAAAUGAUAGCAAGAAUGAUAGCAAGAAUGACAGCAAGAAUGACAGCAAGACAGUCAGCAACAUUCCAGUUACACCCUCGGAAAUCUGGAUCUCGUAUCCAAUCAUCUCGUCUGUGGAAAAAAAGAACGGCGUGAUCCGAAUCCGCUGCAGAGACUUCACCUACCUGGCUCUGCACUUCCAUAACGAGCCUGAGGCCAAGGACGUGUUCGACAGCAUCCAGAAGCUGUGCUGCCUGCCAUCGGUCGAGCGGCUCUAUGCAUUCUACUACAAGCCCGGCAAGUCCGAGCGACGCUUCAACGGCUGGGCGGCCUUCAACCCCCAACAGGAGUUUGGCCGCCAGGGCGCCUUUGCCAAAAACAAGUGGCGAAUGACCUCGCUCAACGAAAACUACGCCCUGUGCGCCACCUACCCGCAGCAGCUCUCGGUACCCGCCUCGGUGUCCGACAAUGUGCUCAACUACGCUGCUCGGUUCAGGUCAAAAAACAGACUUCCAGUCUUGUCCUUCCACAACAGCUUCAACGGAUGCACCAUUGCACGGUGCUCGCAGCCGCUUGUGGGUCUCAAGAAGAACCGAUCGCCUCAGGAUGAGAAGGUGGUGGCGGAGAUUUUCGGAACCACCGUCAAUUCCGAGUACGAGACGCCGCGAGACAAUCUCAUCGUGGACGCCCGGCCCGUGGCCAACGCCGUGGCCCAGCAAGCGCUCGGAGCAGGGUCCGAGAACACAGACAACUACGCCCGCGGCUCAUGCACAAAGCACUACCUAGGUAUUGACAACAUUCACGUGAUGCGCGAUUCGCUUAACAAGGUCACCGAUGUGCUCAAGGACGGUGACUACAGCGAACUGGACUACGCUUCGAAAAAGGACGCACUUCAAAAGUCUGGAUGGCUCAAGUACACAACCAUUAUUCUAGAGGGCGCUGUGCUCAUGGCCAAGGCUCUGCACCUCGAGUUCAAGCAUGUGCUGCUGCACUGUUCCGAUGGCUGGGAUCGAACUGCCCAGCUGUCGUGCCUGGCCCAGAUAAUGGUCGAUCCCUACUUCCGUACGCUCAACGGCUUCAUGGUGCUGGUAGAGAAGGAGUGGUUGGCGUUUGGACACCAGUUCAACGAGCGGUCGGGCCAUUUGAACGGUCCACGGUCGUUUGUGGAUCUUACAACAACCCAAAAGCCCGCGUCGCAGUCAAACGCCUUCUCAGACUUUAUGUCUGCGGCUCGGGCGGCGACCCAGGCAGCCACGCAUGCCGCCACGUCUUCCAACCACCUCAAGAAUACCUCUCCGGUGUUCCACCAAUUUUUGGACUGUGUCUACCAGCUGGUGAGACAGUUCCCCGACCGGUUUGAAUACUCUGAGCGGUUCCUGCGUCGGUUGUACUACCAUUUGCACUCUGGUCAGUACGGUACAUUUCUGUACGACAACGAGAAGGAGCGAGUGCAGAAUCGAGUGUUUGAACGCACCACGUCAGUUUGGAACUACUUUUUGGCCCGCCGAUCGCAGUUCAUCAACCCGAAUUACGAUGGAGAGGCUGAGAUGAAACUGUCUGCUACAUUGGACGCAUUGAUUCUGCCAGACGUGGAAAACGUGACCUGGUGGUUCCAGCUGUUCGGAAUUGAGGAGACAGAUGUGGUUAUUGAGGCUAGCGAGACGGCCGCCACCCCCGUGCUAACUGCCAAAGCUGCCACGGAAGGUGUGCCUGCGAUGGAAACGCACGCGACAGAGGGUGAGGCUGUGGUUACGAAAGCGAAGGCUGAAGUGCCAGCUCCCGCAGUAGAUGCUGUGGGGAGAACCGUGGGGGGUAAAUCUGCGGCUGAGGGUUCAGUGAGUCACGUGGAGAGUCAUGCAGCUGGCGAGGGAAGCUCCGAGGGAAGUGGUGCGGCUGGUUCGGAUGCGAGUCCCACCACAACCACGGGGUCUUCUCCGUCCGAGGAGGAGCCUGUGGAGCAGGGAAAUCCGCUGGGAGACGUGACGCCGCGUACCAAGAUUCUGGAGAAGAAGCGGGUCCAUAUCCAACCGCUGUCUAACACGUCGGUGGAGUACGCCUCGUUUGAGUAG